AUGUCAAGAAGUGCUCACGAUUUAUCGCCAUGGCCACAGCUGUCUGAACUGUUCGUAGCAGUCGAGAAGAAAGACGACAAUAAUUUCGUGUUUAAAUGCAUGAUGUGCCUGCCCAAGGAGAAGGUGUUAUCGUGUUCAAAGGCGACGAACUCCAACCUCAGAAAGCACCUUAAGGCCCAACAUCCAACGGAGUUGGACAAAUUCAAGCGCCUGUUGAAGAAAAGAAAAGCAUCCCUGGCAGCUACAGUGUCAUGGCUCGAUCCAGAAUCUCUUUCGAGGACAACAGCCGUUCUCACGUGCCGCCGUAUGGAAGGCAGGAUCCCUUACGAUCGCAUUGCGGACGUCCUUAUUGAAUCGUUCGACAACUUUAGACUGCAUGGCAAAGUGACAAAGGUGGUCACAGAUAAUGGGAGCAACUUUGUGAAGGCAUUCCGGGUGCUUGGGCAAACGGAACUAGCAGCGGAUGGACAUAUGGAGGACAACGACGCCACUACGGAUUCGAUCGACCUCACCACAAUCCUGAAUGGGGCAUCCCAUGGUGACGUACGUGUGCCUCUUCCACCUCACCAUCGGUGUUCUGCGCACACGCUUAAUCUAGUGGCAACGGUUGAUGCAUCUAAAGCAGAAUCUUGUGAGAUGUUCUCGAGGCCACUAUGCUCAGUUCUACGCACAUGCCGCCAGCUAUGGAAUAGGCAAGGCCAAUCGGCGACAGCUGCUGAGGCUGUUCAGCGGUUCUGCGGGCGCGCAUUUCAAAGGCCAGUUGCCACGCGAUGGAAUUCUUUGUUUGACGCCUUGACUUGUCUGAUGGAGUUGGACAACGCCGGAAAUCACCUCGAUGGAUUAUGCAGGACACUACAAAUUCCACCGUUCCAGCGUCCACGCGACGUGCUAUUCAUAAAAGAAUAUUGUGAGGUGAUGAAGCCAGUGGCGUGUGCCAUUGACGUUGUUCAAAGAGACGACGUGUACUUCGGCCAUUUACUGCCGACAAUCACUGUAUAG